AUGCUAGGUUUUUCAGUGGAGAAGAUCACAGACUUUGGCUUUGAUGUUGAGUUACUUCUUUGUCCAAUAUACCUCCUAAGGGUUGUGAUAUGGCCACCUAUCAUGGAUCUUUUAUCCUCAAGAGGCAUUGCUUCUCCUUACUGGUGCGGUGGUGACAAGUGUCUCCACCUUGAGACACUUGUCACCGUUCAAAUGAAGUAUCAAUGGUUGUACGUGUGUGAUCUAGGAUUCCUUAUGGUUCAUCUUUAUUCAAUAGCGUUGGAUCAUCAUCGAAUUAACAACAACAACAUCCAACGUCCCCGAGGUGCCUCCCAUGGUACACCUCCACUAAAGCUCACGCACAGGAUCACACAGCUUUACCCAAGAUCCCAUGCAUUGUUCUCCUUCAGGCCUAUAAUGCACCCUCCAUUUUUAACGAUCAGAUCUUUCCAGAUCUGA